AUGAGAGAUGCGGACAAUUUUGCAACCAUCUACGGACCACGAAUUUACGAAUGGUGUAUUCGAAUAGAUCGUGGAGACACUUUUGGUUUCCGGAACAUCGAAAAUCGAGGUGUUGAAUUAUCCGUCGAGCCGACAAUUCGGGCAUUCAAUACUCGGCUUCCAGCUGAAUCCUCAUGCACUUUUAAUCUUGUAGUGAUCGAUCAAGGAACAAACAAAGGUGUCGUAUGCUGUUUUCUCCAGAGGUUUAUGUGA